AUGUGGAAAGCCAGUGGAAUUCAGAAUGGCCUCUUAUUCGACUAUUUAUGACCUGAAAAAAAGGAUCGAGGAUCUACUAUCUAUGUCUGAGGGGCAAUGUGUCCUAAUAUCCUCGAAGUGCAAGGUAUUAGAUGGCGAUCUUAUUUUGGAAGCAGCAGGUCUGGACAACAGUGAUCCCAAGAAGAAACCAACGAUAACAUGUUUUGAAGGAGCUCAAGAAAUUGGAGCAUUAACUGUAAUUGCUGAGGCUGAAAUUGAGACUGACUAUAGUAACGAAUCAUUAGAAAGUGCAGUGACGUUUCCAGACAGCCAAGAAGUGUCACUGAACAAAAGCGAUGAGAGCUUACAGGAUGCUUGCGGUAUGGCUAAGUGUGAUAUGAAGCCCGAGCUCCAUAUGAAUUGCAUAAUGAAAUCACAUUGCAGCAGGAAAAAGGAACGCCACAUUUCGUAA